AUGCCGUGGCCGGAAGCCGAGGAGAAUACCGGCCAGCCAGAUGGUGCGCUACAGGGCUCGCAUUCACAUUCACACUCGCCUCAGCCUGUAGCUCCCGCCGCAGGUAGCAGCGAGCAGCCGGCGGAGUCGCCACAGGACCAGCAGCUAGCUCCUGGCGGCCAUAACGGAGCCAUACCCGCUGGUAUCCUGGAAGGGAAACAGAAUGCCAGAGCUAUAAUGGGCGCCUCAGAGCUUCCGGACGGACCAGCUCAUGCUGCUGAGGGCGGUGGAGAAGAAGGAAGCGGAGGAGGGAGUGGUGGUGGUGGAGGAGGAGGAGGAGGAGGUGGUGGUGGUGAUGGGGAUGGAGAUGAGCCUGCUAGACAAGGUGGUGCCAGCUCGCCUUCUCCGCAAGAAACUAGCAUCACAAACGGAAACGGAGUCAGUCGGAAACGGUCUCGUUCUGGCUCUAUCAUACAGUCUACCGCUGCUGCGCCUGCUUCUGCUGCUGCUGCUGCUGCUGCUUCUCCUGUAAUAGAGGAUGAUGGUCUGCCGCGCAAGACACCCCUAGAAAAGGUUCUUUUGGAAGACUACCUAUACCGAGAAUGGGGUCACUCCGCCCUUGCCGCUACACGGAAUACGCACCAGGAAGUGCUCCGCCAGAAGCUCCAGGAAAGAGACUACUAUCUCGCCCUCAACCAGGAAAGACAGGCCAACCCAGCUGCUAUCUUUGGCCCGGGCUACGAAGGAUACGGUAACACCAGGACAGAUCUUAGGUCGCAGCACCCACAGCUUCUCUACCCAUCCAACCGGAGGCGGCCAGGUGGGCGGAAGGCUAAAGAGCUGCGCAUACCGCGAGAGGACAUGCUUACCCAGUCAGACCAGGAUGAACAUCUCGUUCCUAUCAGGCUCGACAUCGAUUGGGAAAAGGUCAAGGUUCGGGAUACUUUUACAUGGAAUCUCCACGAUCGCGUCACCCCUGUCGACGUCUUUGCCGAGAAGCUGGUGGAGGAUCUCGGCCUACCGCUCGAAUCUUGUGGCCCGCUUGUGCGGCAGAUUACUCAGAGCAUUCAUGAACAGUUGGCAGACUUCUACCCCCAGGUCUUUAUCGAAGAUGAGCCUCUGGACCCACACUUGCCCUACUCCGCCUACAAGAACGAUGAGCUCCGGGUUCUCAUAAAGCUGAAUAUCACCAUCGGACAACACACGCUUAUAGACCAGUUCGAAUGGGAACUGAACGACCCCCAUAAUUCACCGGAAGGGUUUGCUAUCCAAAUGUCCCAGGACCUGUCCUUGCCGGGGGAGUUCACCACAGCAAUCGCACACUCUAUCCGUGAACAGGUCCAGCUAUUCACCAAGAGUCUGUACGUCGUCUCAUACCCCUUCGACGGCCGACCAAUCGACGACCCAGACCUGAGAGACGCCUUCCAACCAUCCCCUAUUCCAUCCACUUUCCGCCCCUUUAACGUUGCCAAGGAAUAUACCCCUUACCUAUACGAACUCAAUGAAGCAGAACUUGACCGGACGGAAGGCUCCAUCUCGCGUGAGCAACGACGACAGAAACGAGUCAACAGGCGAGGAGGACCGAUCCUGCCCGAACUCAAGGACCGUCAACGAACUAUUCGGACCAUGAUCGUUUCCUCGGUCAUACCAGGGUGCGCCUCGUCCAUUGAAGAAAGUCGAUUAUUCAAACGGUCAAGUACCAGUCGCCGUGGCAGAACCUCUACCGGCCACCGUGAUGGUCUGGAAGAGUCAGAGUCCUCCGAGAGCGAAGAGUCUUCCAUCGGAUCUCCAGCCAUGUCUCGUCUCAACCAGGGAACUGCUAGAACAAGAGGCAUGAGACAAGCCUCUUCCAUGGCCCAGUCAGCCAUACGAGGACAAAUGGGCCGCUCAGCAACGCCCGAGACAACCGUAUCCCACUCUCACGAAACAAGAACAUCCGCCAGACGGCAGAACUAUAGAGAGGAAAGCUCAGAGGCACCCGAGAACCUUAUUGUCAAACUGAAGAUAAAUCCGGAUAAGUUACGACGCCUCAUGCGCGACCUCAAGUCUGGCUCGAGACAAUACACGGGGUCUCCCGGUGGCCCAUCCUCGACUCCCACAGGGAAAUCAAGUGCUCGUGGAUCUAUGGGGCCUCCACCGUCCCAAGGCCAGCCUGGCUCCGCGACAAAGAAGCCAACCAACCCUCCCCAGUUCCAUGGUGUCAUCGACGCACCCCAUCCAUUACCCCCAGGAACUCAGCCGUGGCUCAUCCAAGGCCUUGUGGGCCUUAAAAGACAAUACCCCAACGACUCCUUUGAAGGAACAAUGCGCUACACUGCCGUAGAUCCAAACACAAACCUCCCUAUCCCCAACGCAGCCCAAACACAUCCUGGCCAAAAACUACCAUACAAAUACUUCCCCCGAAUCCGCUGCAAUGACUGCCCUGGAAAACUCUACACGCCGGGCCCAGCAAUGACAGUCGAGAACUUUGAGGUCCAUCUCAAAAACAGAAAUCACAAGGAGGCCGUUGCGGCGCGGUUGGCGAGGGAGAAAGGGGGUAGUGGCCCACCACCUGUUCGACGGACACCGAGCAACAGCUCAGCAACUAAAGAAAGCAGUGCGCCAACUGGUACGAGCACGUCCGCAGGUAACGAUUCGUCUGGAGCUGCGUGA